AGAUGACAGCUAACUAAUAACUGCUAAUAAAUAUAGUAAUUUAUUAAAUAUUUAGAGGAUAAAUCGAAACGAUACAAUUUAUUUUUCGUAACAAACACAAACCCCACUCGAACGCGUUAUUUUUUUAACCAACCAGCAACAAUACAAUUAUAAAUAUCGUAAACAUGUCGUCCGGCCGGCCCAUAAAAUGCGUUGUAGUCGGAGACGGUACGGUGGGAAAAACCUGCAUGCUCAUUUCCUACACUACGGACAGUUUCCCCGGUGAAUACGUACCCACUGUAUUCGAUAAUUAUUCCGCCCCGAUGGUCGUAGACGGGAUCUCCGUUAGUCUAGGACUGUGGGAUACGGCGGGACAGGAAGAUUACGAUCGACUCAGGCCCCUGUCCUAUCCCCAAACGGACGUUUUUCUAAUAUGCUUCAGCGUGGCGUCGCCUUCGUCGUUCGAAAACGUCACCUCCAAAUGGUAUCCGGAAGUCAAGCAUCACUGUCCCGAUGCACCUAUGAUAUUAGUCGGUACGAAAAUAGAUUUAAGAGACGACAGAGAAACGUUAAACGGCCUCGCCGAUCAAGGCCUGAGCCCCAUUAAGCGCGAACAGGGCCAAAAAUUGGCCAAUAAAGUGAGAGCCGUCAAAUACAUGGAAUGUUCGGCGUUGACGCAAAGAGGGCUGAAGCAAGUGUUCGACGAGGCCGUUCGAGCCGUCCUGAGGCCGGAGCCGCAGAAAAGGCGCCAAAGGAAAUGCUUGGUCAUGUAACACCUUUCGAAGGAUUAUCGGUUCGAAUGCUAUUGGUGUUCUACUCCGUUCGGCCUCAGCUACUCGCUAUUGGUCCUUUUAAAAUUUACGCGCUUGCGUAUAAACGACUAAGC